CUCUCCACCAGCCACUUCACCAAGACCUUAAAUUCUCAAGACACAUCCUGAUACGGGUGGAAAAGUCGAAGAAGCUGCAGCCAUGAGUCUCACUCACAAGGACAAGUCCACCGUGAAGGCUUUCUGGAGCAAAAUUGCCGGGAAGACCGAUGAAUUGGGCGCUGAAGCUUUUGUCAGAAUGCUGAUAGUGUACCCCCAGACCAAGACUUACUUCUCCCACUGGGUUGAUCUGACCCCCGGCUCUGCUCAGGUGAGGAAGCAUGGGAAAACCAUCAUGGGAGCUGUCACUGAUGCUGUGGAUAAGAUGGACGACCUUUGCGGUGGCUUGGCCAGUCUCAGUGAGCUACACGCUUCCAAGCUGAGGGUUGACCCUGCCAACUUCAAGUUCCUGUUCCACUGCAUCAUGGUAGCCAUUGCCUUGUACUUCCCUGGUGACUUCACUCCUGAGGUUCAGGUGUCUGUUGAGAAGUUCUUCCAGAACCUGGCUUUUGCUCUGUCUGACAAAUAUCGCUAAAUGACAUGUAAUUGAGAAAUACUUGACAGGUGUCAUUAAAGCUAAAACAUGCUGUUUUAAGGACAAGACACAAAUAAAUAAAACCCACCAAAUAAC